UGAGCUAAAACCACCACCUGCAGAUGCUGCCCUCUGUGAAGAACUCCCAGCAGGUGAAUGGGAGACAGUGCAGCUGCAUGGAUGCUGGAAAAACGGGCAAAGUGCUGGAGGUAGCAGGAACUUCCCCUCCUUCCAUAUCAAUCCCUGCUUUCCCCUCUCCAUUCCUGCAGGACCAGGAAAAAGUAGUGUGAAAGUUACUCUCCGUCAGCACUGCCAAGAUAGCAAGUGUCGUCCAAUAGGUUUCCAUAUUUUCCAGGUGCCUAACAGGAGCUGGAAACCACAUAAUGCCUCUUUUCUGCACUUGGAGCCACUGGUUAGCUGUGUACCUCAUUGCUAUUCGCAGGAAGUGAGCCAGCUUUGCAGACUUCCUGCAGGAAGUUACGUAGUUAUACCUUCUACGUACUUGCCCAAUACAGAAGGCAAUUUUACAGUGGUCAUAGCGACCAAAAUAGACAGGAAGCGCAUUCACAGCCGGGAGACACUUGGACAAGUAUUGCAAGAAGUUUCAUUUACAACUGUGAUGAAAAGGUGAUCUGGAACUCUCACACUGUCGUUUCGAGAAGCAUUGGAAAGCCGAGGAGUACCUCACUGCUUGCCGUUU